UAUUCAAUACCAAUCUUUUCUACUAAUAACAAAAAAUAACAUUAAUUAAGUAUCAAAGAUGAAGGUGACAAUUUUAGUAGUAAUGUUGGUGGCGGUGACAGGCUUAUUACAAGUCGAAGCUCAUCCAUGCGGAAGCACAUUUUUCUCAGCACUGGUUCAGUUGAUACCAUGCAGAGCUGCGGUGGCUCCUUUUAGCCCGAUUCCGCCGAGUGAUACGUGCUGUAACGCUGUUAAGACUCUCGGCCAACCUUGCCUCUGUGUUCUCGUCAAUGGCCCUCCUAUCUCUGGUGUUGAUCGGAACAUGGCGUUGCAGCUUCCUGACAAGUGCAUUGCCAACUUUGAACCAUGUGAAAUUACAAAGAAGUGAGAGUUGGGGAUAAAUAUGAGAAGACCUACUUGGGUUCAUUUUCUUAAUUAGAAUUUAAUAAUAGUAUUAUAAUGCUUGAAUAAUUGUAAGAGUAUAAUUGCUAAAAAUAAUAUAUUGAAAAUGAGUUAUUUAA